AUGGCCGAGAACGAGCGGAUCCGAGCGCGGGCUCCCGGAUCUGGCCGGACUUCGGCGCAGGGCGGCGCGGGGAGCCGCAGGGACGACCGGGAGAGCGAGGUCCGGCGAGGGGAGGGCGAGGUGGCGCAGGCGACGGGAGGAGGCGGCACCGGCGAGCGCCGGCGCGGGGACGCGGCGGCGGGGUCGGAGGAGCUCGGCGGCGCGCGGCGAGGGGCGCGACGGCGGGAGCCAGGCGGCGCGAAGAACGGUGGCGGGGUCGGGCGCGGUGCGGGCGACUCGGACCCAGAUCGGCCCGCGGCGGGCCGUGGAUGGGCUCCGGCGGGCCCGUGCGGCCGGAGGCGUGGGUGGGGCGACGGGGAGCCAGGUGGCGUCGUGGGAUAG